UUCAAUUUUUCUGUAGUGGACUUAGAAGGGAAAUCAGUUCUGCUGCUACCGGACGUCCAAUCCAGGAUGUGAUCCAGACUGAUGCUGCAAUUAACCCUGGGAAUAGUGGAGGGCCACUUCUUGACAGUUCAGGAUACCUUAUUGGGAUAAAUACAGCUAUAUACUCUCCUUCAGGUGCAUCAUCUGGUGUUGGAUUUUCGAUUCCUGUUGACACUGUAAGUGGCAUUGUCGAUCAGUUGGUGAGGUUUGGGAAAGUCACCAGACCAAUUUUGGGGAUUAAGUUUGCACCUGACCAGUCCGUAGAGCAACUGGGAGUUAGUGGUGUUCUUGUAUUGGAUGCUCCUCCAAAUGGGCCUGCUGGCAAAGCAGGUCUUCAAUCUACUAAACGCGAUGCCUAUGGCAGACUUAUUUUAGGCGAUGUAAUUACAUCUAUCAAUGGGAAGAAGGUCUCUAAUGGCACUGAUCUGUACAGAAUCCUGGAUCAAUGCAAAGUGGGUGAUAAG